AUGCGCCGCGCCGUCGCCAGCAAAACGGCCCUGGUCGGCGCGCGCCGCCGCGCCAGCGCCGCCGCCGAGAAGCUCCGGUCCCAGCUCAAGGUGCCAAUCAUCGGCGCGCCGCUGUUCAUCGUCAGCAACCCCGACUUGGUCGUCGAGCAGUGCAAGGCCGGCGUCGUCGGGUCCUUCCCGGCCCUGAACGCCCGCGGCUCCGACAGCGCCUUGGACGACUGGAUGUGCGACAUCAAGGCGCGCCUCGACGACAGCGAACACCCGGCGCCGUUCGCCUGCAACCAGAUCGUGCACCGGUCCAACGACCGGUUGAUGCGGGACAUGGAGACCAUCGUCAAGCACGAGGUGCCCAUCGUCAUCACCUCGUUGGGCGCGCGGGAGGACAUCAACGACGCCGUGCACUCCUACGGCGGCGUCGUCUUCCACGACGUCGUCAACGACUUCUUCGCGAAGAAGGCCGUGUCCAAGGGCGCGGACGGCCUCGUCGCCGUGGCCUGGGGCGCGGGCGGCCACGCGGGCACGGCCUCCCCCUUCGCCCUCGUGGACGAGAUCCGCCGCUGGUUCGACGGGCCGCUGGCGUUGAGCGGCGCGCUGGGCAGCGGCCGCGGCGUCGCCGCGGCGCUCGCCGCGGGCGCGGACUUUGGCUACGUCGGCUCGGCCUUCAUCGCGACGGACGAGGCGAACGCGUCGGAGGCCUACAAGGGCGCCAUCGUCGACGGCGCGUCCGACGACAUCGUCUACUCGAACCUCUUCACGGGCGUCCACGGCAACUACCUCAAGCCGUCCGUGCGCGCCGCGGGCCUCGACCCGGACGACCUCCCGGAGAGCGACCCGACGAAGAUGAACUUCGGCGGCGACUCGGCCAAGGCCUGGAAGGACAUCUGGGGCUGCGGCCAGGGCAUCGCGCCCGUCCAAACCGUCGAGCCCGCCGCGGCCGUCGUCGGCCGCUUCGCCGCGGAGUUCGAGGCCGCGCGCGCGGCGCUCGCGGCCGCGUGA